AUGGUGGUCGCGUCGAACGCGUUGUUUGCACAGCUUUCUAUAUUUGCUGAGGUUACACAAGCUAUAUUCCAGUCGGGACCUGUGAAUUCCACUGAACACCCUAAAUCGCGGCGAAAAGCCCUUUCUGUAUCCCAGAGACAUAUAGAAAUUAAUAUAAUGUCAAGAGGAGACUAUGAAAGACUUCCUAUGUCUCGUAAUGAACGAACAAAAAGUCCACGAUGUCUUGUUACCCCAGGCACUCUCAUGACAGUCCUCAAGUUUGCUCUGCCGACCACAAUUUUCCUCCUUUUUCUUGGGUUCUAUUUGUAUGAACCACACAUCGAGCUCGCGUUUUACGAUCGGACAUGGGUACAUAAAGAAAUAGACCCAGUGGAACCUCUGUCGAACUGCUUCGACCGGGUUAGUCCAAGCUACAAUGUCUCGGAAUACGUGUAUGGAGUGAAGAAGACAGAAGUCCAGGCUGGCAUGCCAAUGAGAAUGGGUCUUGAUUGCUACAACUUCGCCGGUACAAUAAAAAAGGAACCACGGACUCAGCCAAUUGCACAUAUACCCGCUGAAUCUCGUGUCCAGUUUCAUACUUAUUGGCGAAACGACCUCGCACCGUUCGGACCUCGCCAGGAAUGGAUGCUCAAGUCCUUUUUCGCAACACAAGAUAUAGAUUCGUCGCGGUUGAUAUUGUGGUCAAACGGUGAACUUGGUCCCAACUCAAUUCUGCAAAGUUACCUCACAAGGUUUCCCGAUUCAUUCGCUUUGAAAGUGGUUGAUAUACCAUCCCUUGCAAAGGGGACUGAACUAGAGGGUAGCGAUCUUCUAACGAGAAAGGACGCCAAAGCAUGGGUAGACGGCGACUUGAUCAGACUUCUUCUUUUGUGGAAUUUCGGAGGUGUUUGGGUGGAUAUGGAUUCGCUUUUAACCCGAGACGUCCAACCUCUUCUGGAGCACGAAUUCGUGACCCAGUGGGACUGUUAUGACAAGAUAUAUCUUCCGCUGAAUGGCGCCCUGAUGCGAUUCCGGAAGCACUCACCUUACUUAUGCGAAGCCUUCCACGUAAUGGCUACCUCUUCUCCGCCUCGUUCUGGCUCAACAGAUUGGGGUGCGCUGCUUUACUUGAAGCUUUGGCGUCGACUCCUAUCUGCAUCAGUACCCCCGUUCAAAAUUCUUCCUUUCUGCUUCAGCGAUGGCCGGUCUUGUCGACUGGAUAACAGGCUCCCCGACCCUUUCAUCCCCGACAGCAAAACCGGAAAAUGGACGAUGGGCCUAGGCUUGGAAGAAGGCGGUGGAUUGGACCAAGCUCUGCAAAAGGUCUUUGGGGUACAUCUUCACAACCAAUGGGAGAAACCAUAUCCUUCCGAUGGAUGGGUAGAGAGGCUCUUGCUCAAGAGAUAUGACGAGAAGCUGAAGCCGAGAGAAGAGCUAUGA